UGUUUGUUCGUUUUCUUUCCGACGCUUCCAAUUUCUGACUAUCAUGUCUUGAACAAUUUGAUCAUGGUCAUUGAACGAUACGCUGCCCCUGCUGAACACUAAACACAAUCAUCAAUUGCAGCCGACCUCUCACUAUCAAAUAUCCUGGAAAAGAUGGACUCCGAGAUUGUCGCGAAUGCGUCGAGUGCACUGCAGGAGGUCGUGCAAAAUUCGACUGUACCUGUCGUGUCAUCCCUUCCACCUAUUGCUGAGCCGUCCAACGUGGGCGUGGCCGCCGGCAUUAUCCUGGCCAUCUUCACCAUGUUACCCAGCCUUCUCCUCUGGUUCAUCGCUUUCUUGACCAUUACUUUACCAACAUGGCUGUUUACAUUCUUGUCUACGAGUUUGACUCUGACCGUCAACAUGACUACUGUCGUACUGAUUCUCGUCUUCUUCGUUUCAACCGCGAGCUGGGUGGUCCGCUAUCGUUUCUUGAAUAUGUACUCGAGACUACCUCCAGAGCCUCAACGUAAAGAACCUCAAGUUGAGGUCUUCCCGGACACUCAAGAGACAGACUCGAAGCAAGGUCUGGCAAAUUAUCUUGACGAGUUUCUUAGUGCCAUCAAGGUCUUUGGUUAUCUCGAACGUCCUGUCUUUCACGAACUCACCCGAACUAUGCAAACAAGGAAACUCAUCGCUGGAGAGACCAUCUUGCUAGAAGAGGAAAAGGGCUUUUGUCUGGUUGUGGAUGGUUUGGUCCAGAUCUUUGUCAAAUCGAAUAAGGAAAGAGAAGAAGAUCCAUCAACUGGCAGAACUACCCCCGAAGAGACCGGUGUUGAUGAUGAGGGGCGUGUACGUGGUAACCAAGGAUACCAGUUGUUGACUGAAGUCAAAAACGGUGCACCGAUGUCUUCCCUGUUUUCUAUUUUAUCCCUGUUCACAGAAGAUGUCAAGUUGCGCCAUGACGAAAAAGGUGACUCGGCUUCAGGCGCGCCAGACAGUGCUCAGCCUCAGACGCCGCAUUCAAACCGCCCUAGCGGCGCUGCCACCCCUUUGUCACCUAUAUUCAGCCCCGAACUCACAGCUACUGGCGGAGAAUCUCACACAACACUCCGAGGGCUCGAUGCCGCCUCCUUCGCUCAAAGCGCCGUGCCUUCAUUCUCUCUAAAUGAUCCAAAUGAUCCUGGCGUGGAGCCAAGAUCGAGACAAGGCAGUACCCAGAGUACUCGCAGGCAAUCUGUGAAGCAAAUAUCUGCCCAUCCAGACAUUGUGGCAAGAGCCUCCGUCGAUACCACAAUUGCGAUAAUUCCCGCCACUGCUUUUCGAAGGCUCACUCGUGUCUAUCCCAAGGCCACUUCACACAUCGUUCAAGUCAUUCUUACACGACUUCAACGUGUUACAAUGGCAACCGGUCAUCAGUAUCUUGGUCUUACCGGCGAAGUUCUACGUACUGAGAGGCUCAUGGAUGGUUAUACUGCAUAUGAUUUACCAGACUUUCUCAAGGGAGAUGCCAUGACCAGACUGAAGAGCAAGUUUACCAAAGAGAAGGAACGCACUGGACCAGAAGAGAUUUCUAAGGGUAUCGCUCUGCAUAACCCACGUGCCGGCCAACGAAAGAAGACGGCGACAGGUCUGAGGAAAGAAGCCGUCUUGCAUGCUCAAGCUGCGCCUAGUAGUCGCCGUGGUCAUGGAGGGAGAAGCGAGUCUAUUCACACACCAACCCGGAGCAGCAGGCUUGGUCAAGAGAGAGGCUUACUCACGGAUGACGAGAAAGACAGAUCUGGUGUCAGUGCUGGAGACUUACUGACCAACAACAACAAUGCCGCAAGGCAGGGUGGCCGCAAGAACCUGGCGCCCUACUCGUUGCCCUUUCAAACCCCAAGACCACUCGGAAGAGAUGCCAUGAGUCCCAUGGCUAGCAGGAACUUCAAUCCGUUCGAUGCUCACAUCAAGACACUGCGUCGUCAAGAUUCUGUAGAUGAAGACAUGAUCUUCAGAGAAUCCAUUCUAGACUGCAUGUUUAAAGCCAUUGGGUUGACAAACAUGAAGGACGGCCUUUCAAGGACGGACUCUCUCCCACAGUCACCCAAGCUCGUCUCUUAUGACUCCAGGCGACAAAAGGCCGUCUUCAACAAUGCCUUUGGCUUCAUCGACCAGUUCGACCCCAACGAUGGCGAGACCGAGUCCGUUGUAUCGAACUCUGGUCUUAGUGCGACAGGUAACAUGAACAUCCUGGAAGACAUGAAAGAGGAAGUUGAGAUUGUCUUCUUUCCCAAGGGUUCAGUGCUCGUCGAGCAAGGCGAACGCAAUCCUGGACUUUACUAUGUCAUCGACGGCUUCCUAGACGUCAGUGUCCCCAUCGAAGAGUCAGAAGCUGCAGAGUCGAAUAUUUUCGGCACCUCGCAUGAUGCUGACUUGGCCGAUGAGCCUCAAACCAUCAGAUCAUCGGCAGGCAGGAACAUGGGUUCAGUCCGGCGCCCAAGCUCGCUGAAUCUCAACCAGAACCCACCCAGCAAAGCACGAAAGCCAAAGCACAAAAGUCUCUUCUUGACUAAGCCUGGUGGACUUGCUGGCUAUCUUGGAACUGUCUCCGCAUACCGUUCCUUCAUCGAUGUCACGGCCAAGACGGACGUCUAUGUAGGUUUCCUGCCCCGAGCAGCCGUCGAGAAGAUUGUGGACAGAUUCCCCAUCGUGCUUCUUACAAUAGCCAAGCGUCUCACUACCCUCCUUCCCAAGUUGAUCUUGCAUAUUGACUUUGCUCUCGAAUGGGUACAAGUCAACGCUGGUCAGGUCAUCUACAACCAGAAAGAAGAGAGCGAUGCUAUUUACAUUGUGCUCAACGGCCGAUUGAGAGCAAUUCAGGAAGGUGCAGACGACAAGAUGAGAGUCAUUGGCGAAUACGGUCAAGGUGACAGUGUAGGAGAGCUCGAGGUUCUGACCGAGUCCACUCGACCUGGCACACUAUUGGCCAUUCGUGAUACCGAACUGGCAAAAUUCCCCAAAUCGCUUUUCAACAGUCUUGCUCACGAACAUCCUGGCAUUACCAUGAAGAUUUCCAAGAUUAUCGCAUCUCGCAUGCGUGCACUGAUCGAAGAUCCAACUUCAGAACAUGGAAAGGAUACGAGCAGGAUCGCUACUCGUACCAAGGCUUCGUCCACGACGAACCUGCGAACGGUAGCAAUCCUACCAGUAACCGCAGGUGUCCCUGUGGUCGAAUUCGGUCAUCGUUUACUUAGUGCUCUGAACCAGAUUGGAGCUACACCACAAAGAACCACGUCGCUGAAUCAGGCAGCUAUUCUGAAUCAUCUUGGCAGACAUGCAUUCACCAAAAUGGGGAAGCUGAAGCUAUCUCAAUAUUUAGCCGAUCUCGAAGAGAAGUUCGCAUUGGUCUUGUAUGUCGCUGACACAAACGUCAAGUCACCUUGGACGCAAACCUGUAUCAACCAGGCAGAUUGCAUUCUGCUCGUGGGCCUUGCAGAGGGCUCACCUGCCAUAGGCGAGUAUGAGCGUUUUCUCCUCACGACAAAGACCACGGCAAGAAAAGAACUCGUCUUGCUGCACGCUGAGAGAUACUGCCACCCUGGACUCACACGCAAAUGGCUCAGAGAUCGUUCGUGGAUCAAUGGAAGCCAUCAUCAUAUUCAGAUGUCUUUCCGUGACCCCACCGAACCUGUUCAUCCUCAGAUUAGAAGGUUCAGUACUGUUAUCAAACAGCGUGUUCAAGUCAUUCAGGCCGAGAUUCAGAAGUAUACGUCCAGGAAAGUGCGCCAGACCCCGCUGUAUUCCGCAGAAACACCCUUCAAGGGUGACUUCCAUCGUCUAGCUCGUCGCCUCCUUGGCAAGUCCGUCGGUCUUGUACUCGGUGGAGGUGGUGCGAGGGGUAUUGCCCAUGUUGGAAUCAUCAAAGCCUUGGAAGAAGCUGGAAUCCCUAUUGACAUUGUCGGAGGAACGUCGAUCGGAUCUUUCAUCGGCGCACUUUACGCUUGGGACGCUGAUGUUGUGCCCAUGUAUGGUCGCGCCAAGAAGUUUUCUGGAAGGAUGGGUAGUAUGUGGCGUUUUGCCCUGGACCUGACUUACCCAUCUGCAUCCUACACGACUGGCCAUGAGUUCAACCGUGGUAUCUUCAAGACCUUCGGCGACUCACAGAUCGAAGAUUUCUGGCUCGAAUACUACUGCAACACCACAAACAUCAGCAAGUCACGUUCCGAAAUCCACACUAGUGGUUACGCCUGGCGCUACGUACGUGCCUCAAUGUCACUUGCUGGCCUGUUGCCUCCGCUUUGCGACGAAGGAAACAUGCUUCUUGAUGGUGGCUACGUGGACAAUUUGACUGUCGCUCACAUGAAGUCACUUGGCGCAGAUGUCAUCUUCGCUGUUGAUGUCGGAGCUCUAGACGAUGACAACCCGCAAGCGUAUGGAGAUUCACUCUCAGGGUUCUGGGCCUCGUUCAAUCGCUGGAAUCCGUUCUCAGCAUAUCCUAACCCGCCUACACUUUCUGAGAUCCAGGCCCGUUUGGCCUAUGUGUCUAGUAUUGAUGCACUUGAACGCGCAAAGACUACUCCUGGUUGUCUUUAUAUGCGUCCUCCGAUCGAUGCGUAUGGCACGCUCGAGUUUGCCAAGUUUGACGAGAUUUACCAGGUCGGAUACAAGUACGGUCAGGAGUUUUUGGCCAAGCUGAGAGAGGACGGAGUGUUGCCUGUGAUGGAGGAGACCGAGGAGAGGAAGAACUUGAGGAGAACCAUGGCGCCCAGGCGUGCUAGUAUUUAGAUUCAGUGAGUUUGAACCAUGCUCUCUUGACCAAUGUAAUAAAGCAUUGUUUGUCUGACUUCGACUCC